GGAUGAAUCGCCUAAGAGAUUUUCCUGGUUUUUGUGGGUGAUAUGCUAGCCCAGGCAAUCAGUGCCUUGGUAGCAUUUGGUGUAUUGCCCAUGAGAGGAGUUACCAGACUAACUGGGUGGCAAUGGUUGUUUAUCAUCGAAGGGCUUUUUGGCCUCGUCGUAGGAGCAAUUUUCGUCUUCCGUUUCCCUAAAGACACCCGAAAUCCAAAUAACGUAUUCAAACACCGGUACUUCUCGGAGAGGGAAAGUGAGAUUCUUGUCCAACGCCUUCUUCUAGAUGAUGCUACCAGGCUGACCACCACAGGAAUAUCACAAAAGAAGAAAUCAAGAGUACUGUAUGUGUCGAUUCGUAUAUAUUUUCCAGGCAUGUAUUAAAGAUAUACGCUUACGAUUUCAUUUCCAAAAUUA